GUUGGUCUAGCCUGGGCGCCGUCUUGUAAGCUUUAUAUUACAUAGUACAGUAGGGAAGAAAAAAAAGGUAAACAAGGGGGUGGAAGGAAUUGAGUUUAUUUUUUUAUUUUUAUUUAUUAUCUUUUCGAUUUCUUUUUAAAUGCUGGGCAUCCUCGGCCUGUUCUGGUUUUUCUGGACUGGAACGGUCGCCAUUGCAAUAUCGUACCUUUGGGCCACCGCACGUCACCACAAGCAACAACCACCAUCGGCAUCAUCACCAUCAUUCUCAAUGCCGUCCAGAAUCACAACAGACGACAACGCCGGGCUUGACAGCCACGGGAAUAACAACAACAAUAACUCUGCACUUAUGGGGGCAAAAUGUGAGGGUUCGACUAAAUUCUACGGCUCGCAGAUUGGAGGCAAGUCCGUCAUCAACUAUAGCUACACUGACCUGCCGUUCCGGCUGCUUGGCUACGACAUCUACUACUUUUUCCGCUUCGCGUGGGCUAUUCCCUACGUCGUGCUGCCGGCCAGCGCGCCCUACCUGUCGGGCGACCUGGACGAGCUGAGCCCGACGCGCGAGAAUCUGUUUUGCAUCUUUGUGCACGCCAUCCUCAUCGUGCUGCAGCUGGGUUUCGUGCUGGUCCUGCUGCCCGUCAUGGUGCUGCUUCCCGUGUGGACGGCUGCCAUGUUUAUUACCGCCUUUUUGGUCUGCAACAGGCUCAUCUGCAAAGUGCUCAAUGGUGAUCAGCCCACCCUAACGUCGAAUCCCGAGUAUGCUCCUGCUCUGGAGAAGCAUGCCCACGAGCAGUGGAUCUUUGUCAAUGGUGUUGCCGUCGGGAAGCACUGGCUUCAGAACAACCUGGACCGGCUCGCGCUGACUUUCAAGAGGCCGGUUCUUGGUAUUCAUAACAAAACUGAUGGAAUCAUUUUCGAUAUCGUAGAGUGCCUUGUGCAGCGCACUUUUGGCUACGCAACCGACGACGUGCGUUUGUGCUACGCCGCUGUCAAGGAGAAGCUGUACGAUCCGCAGUACACCAAAGUGGUCUUGAUACUUCACAGCCAGGGAGGCAUCGAGGGAGGCAUGGUUCUUGAUUGGCUCCUCCAGGAGAUGCCACAAGAUCUUCUGGCCAAGGUUGAAGUUUACACAUUUGGCAACGCCGCCAAUCACUUCAACAACCCCCAUCUCCACGUCACUUCGCAGGAAAACGCCCAAGCAAACCCCCUCGCGGCAUCCAUCGACGUCGCCGAGCCCACGGAGACGCUAGAACGCUCCGCCAGCAGCGACAACUCGGCCGUCGCGGCGCCCAAGUCCAAGAAGAAGAAGAACGGCGGCGGCGGCCGCCGAACCCAAGGCAACGGGGGUAGCAGUAGCAGCACUAGCAGUGUCAGCAACGACGCGCUCGAGAGCAUGCUGACGCGCGAGACGUCUGCGCCGCGGCCGUCGGCCAUCUCGGACCGCGUCAUCGGGCACGUGGAGCACUACGCGCACACGACCGACUUUGUGGCGCUCUGGGGCGUGCUGCACUUUGCGACGUCGACCCCGGCGACGCUCUUCGUCCCGCGCUUCAUCGGCCGCCUGUUUGCCCGCACCUCGGUCCGCGGCGGCCACCAGCUCUGCAUGCACUACCUCGACGGCAUGUUCCCGCUGCGCCGGGACGAGUCCGCCCCCGGUGGCUUCAGCGGCUGCAUCGAGGCUGGGCCCGCAGAGGAAGGGCUGAAUGAUUUCAUGGACAGCGAGGUCGUCGUCGGUGCUGCUGAUGGUGGUGCCGACGGCACUGCCACGGUGGAUGUCGCGGGCGCCGCGUUCAAGUCGAGCUGGGUAGGCGUCCUCAAGAACGAGAUCAAGGGCCUGCCGGCUGCGGCGUCGGAGGCGGCCGACGAGGUCGAGGUCAUGAAUGCGGGUCAGGGCAUCGGCAAGGGAGCCUCCCGCACGUUCAAGGUCAAGCAGCUUAGUCGGCUGUGGCAGUAUCGUGAUGGCAGGAGCCCCGAGGAUAAUGUGGCUGGUGUAGAUGGUCCUGUUCGUGGGAAGACGCUGUGAGUUGGUUGUUGGUGGUGGGGUAGGUUGGGAGGGUGAGUUGUUGUUGUUGUUGUAGCUUUAUAAGAAAAAAAGAUUUGUUUGAUUGAAAUGUAUUAAAGUACGGGUUGUGUGGUUGAGAAAGCAUGUUAUGUUAUAGAGGGGGUUUUUUGUAGGGCGUGGGUUUGGAAUUAUCUAGGUCUUGAUAUUGAAAGAAAUUUGGAAAGUGAGGCGUAUCUCAGUUGGUCGGACAUAAGAUAUAAACAGGUACCUAGUUGAGAAUGAUGUUGAUAAUCAUCACGAGGUGGCAGCCGUUUGGGCUUCAUC